GUUGGAAAAGAAACUGUGCAGACAACAGAAGACCAGAUCUUGAAAAGGGAUAUGCCACCAGCAUUUAUCAAAGUGGAGAAUGCCUGCACCAAACUUGUUCGGGCAGCCCAGAUGCUGCAAGCAGAUCCUUACUCAGUACCAGCUCGUGACUAUCUAAUUGAUGGAUCAAGAGGCAUCCUUUCUGGAACGUCAGAUUUACUUCUGACAUUCGAUGAAGCGGAGGUCCGUAAAAUCAUCCGUGUCUGCAAAGGAAUAUUGGAAUAUCUGACUGUGGCGGAAGUAGUAGAGACUAUGGAGGAUUUGGUGACAUACACAAAGAAUCUAGGGCCAGGAAUGACAAAGAUGGCCAAAAUGAUUGAUGAAAGACAACAGGAAUUAACUCAUCAGGAACAUAGGGUUAUGCUGGUAAACUCCAUGAAUACCGUGAAGGAGCUAUUGCCUGUACUUAUUUCAGCUAUGAAGAUUUUCGUAACCACGAAAAAUUCUAAAAGCCAGGGAAUAGAAGAGGCAUUGAAAAAUCGCAAUUUCACAGUAGAGAAAAUGAGUGCUGAGAUAAAUGAAAUAAUCCGUGUAUUACAACUCACUUCCUGGGAUGAAGAUGCCUGGGCAAGCAAGGACACUGAAGCCAUGAAAAGAGCUUUAGCCUUAAUAGAUUCAAAGAUGAACCAGGCAAAAGGUUGGCUGAGAGAUCCAAAUGCACCUCCAGGGGAUGCUGGUGAGCAAGCAAUAAGGCAGAUCCUUGAUGAAGCUGGAAAAGCAGGAGAACUGUGUGCAGGCAAAGAACGCAGAGAGAUUCUGGGAACAUGCAAGACGCUGGGCCAGAUGACUGAUCAACUGGCUGACCUCAGAGCUAGAGGACAGGGUGCUACACCCAUGGCUAUGCAGAAAGCGCAGCAGGUCUCACAAGGUCUGGAUUUGCUCACUGCAAAAGUGGAGAAUGCAGCCCGCAAAUUGGAGGCCAUGACAAACUCUAAGCAGGCAAUUGCUAAGAAGAUUGAUGCUGCUCAG